AUGGCUGAAGCUAAACGAUCACCAAUAAUGGAAACAAUUCCAACAUACGAAGAGUUUAGAAAAGAUCUUGAUUCACUGAAAUUCCAGACAAAGGUACGAGAAAAUUAUCAAUCGUUGGAUAUCCGAAAAGAUACAGAUGAUAUUGUAAAGGAACUAUCUGGGCUUGCCAUAUCAAAAUCAAAGAUAAUUGUUACUAUUGAGGAUCAUGAUCGAAUGUAG